GUAUAAUUACCCUCACGUGCUCUAUCCAUUUAUCUGGCUCUUAGGUAAAUAUAUUGAGGUUGUGGAAACGCUCAGAGAUAAGGAUAGCAUCGACCCCCUCGCUCACUUAUUUCUUCAUUCCCUCAGCCUUUGUGCUAGCAAACUUGGUCGUUUUCGCGCAAGAUGCGGUUCUAAGAGCUAUCUACAUCUCAAGACAGAUUGGCACUUGCACGGGAGAGCUGUCCUGUUCUCUGGCACACUCAUCAAGUCUGACACUCAGGAUUCAGUGAACCGUCACCAUGGCCGAUAUUGUGCGUGAGCGGGCUCAUUAUUCACCACCUUGGGCAGACGUCAGCAUCAUCGGUAUAGCUGGGUCCUCAGGAUCAGGUAAAUCCACAUUAUCUCAUGCGAUCGUGUCCAAAUUAAAUCUGCCCUGGGUUGUCAUUCUCUCAAUGGAUUCGUUCUACAAGACGUUGGAUGAGGAAUCGUCUCGGCGGGCCUUCAGGAACGAGUAUGAUUUCGACUCGCCCGAAGCUAUUGAUUUCGAUGUUCUGGUGAGCCGCUUGCGCGACCUCAAAGCAGGAAAGAGGGCAGAAAUCCCAAUCUACUCGUUUGCAAAACACGCGAGAGAAGAGAGGACUACUUCUAUAUACUCUCCCCACGUUCUGAUCUUGGAGGGUAUAUUUGCUUUGUACGAUCCUCGUGUCCUUGAGUUGCUGGAUAUGAAGAUUUUCUGUGAAGCUGACGCAGAUACGUGUCUAUCCCGAAGAAUUUUACGAGAUGUCGCAGAGCGUGGCAGGGACAUUGAAGGCUGUAUCAAGCAGUGGUUUGGUUUCGUGAAGCCGAAUUUUGAACGAUACGUGGAACCCCAAAGAAAGGUGGCUGAUGUAAUUGUGCCGAGAGGGGUUGAGAACAGAGUUGCCAUCACUAUGGUUGUUCAAUACAUCGAGCGCAAGUUGAUUGAAAAGUCCAAAUCUCAUCGCGCCGCCCUCAAGAAACUAGGCCAAAGCGCCGAGGAUGACCCCCUGUCGGCAAAUGUUCUGCUCCUCGACCAAACUCCUCAACUUCGAGGGAUGAGUACCAUAAUUCAGGACAUAGAUACUCCAGCAGAGGACUUCAUAUUCUAUUUUGACCGGCUAGCUACAUUUCUCGUGGAACACGCCAUGAAUAAUGUCUAUUUCAAGGAGAAAACUGUUGAAACUCCAGUAGGCAAUAAGUAUCGAGGUUUGUCACCGACGGGUGAGGUCAGUGCGGUUAUUGUUCUUCGCGCCGGUGCUGCUUUUGAGACAGGAUUAAAGCGAGUAAUUCCAGACUGCAGAACGGGACGUCUUCUCAUCCAAUCCAAUGUUCGUACAGGCGAACCGGAGUUGCACUAUCUGAAACUUCCAGAAGAUAUCAAAACGCAUGACAGUGUGCUCUUAUUAGAUCCCCAAAUGUCGAGCGGAGGGGCUGCCUUGAUGGCAGUGCAAGUCCUUGUGGACCACGGCGUUCCAGAAGAAAAGAUUGUCUUCGUCACUUAUUUUGCUGGAAGGAUCGGUCUCAACAGAUUAACGAAUGUGUUCCCAGGUGUUAGAGUGGUUGUGUCCACUAUAGUUGCAGACUUUGAGGAGAGAUGGAUCGAGAAGCGUUACUUCGGCUGCUGAUGUCAAAGAUGGAUCUCGAUAUAAUCGACCUGCGGGAAAUCUAUGCGGAUAACUUUGGGUUUACCUACCUUAUCUGAGAUCUAUUCUACAAUUUAAGAUCUGGAUCGGUUUAGCUUCAGGGGACUUGGAACUGACUUGGAACUGAAGGCCGUCGACAGCAUGCCAAGAGUCCUAUGGUUCUUACCCGAGCCUCGAAUGGAACCAAAAUUAUGGCUCAGCCUCCAAACAAUUGUAACCUUUCCCCAACAGCGAUAGCGAAACUAGGUCCGCAU